CUAACAUUAUGUGUAAAUUGUAAAAUAACUAAAAAUCAAAUCAAAAAUUAUUAAAGUUUAUUACAGAUUCUUAUAUUUCAGUAUAUAUCUUUUAAUUCUCUAUUCUUGUUCACUUUGAUAGUAAUGUGUAACAUAAUGUAUAAUUUACAUUAUUAUGGCGACUAUCAUUAUAACAUUAAAAAUACAUCACCGAAGCAUUAUGUUUAUUUAUUGUAAUGUUAUAACCCUUUAUUGAAAUGCUUUAUGAUAGAAUGGGUCAGAUUCUUCUUUUGAAGGAGGAAUUUCCUCGCUUUAGGGCAAAGGCUUUCAGAUCAACUGUAUUUACAUUGCCUCUUAAAUCAGUUUUCGGGAGGUCCAAAUGUAUACUCGAAAUAACAAUUCCUAAGGAAUAUCCAAUUGAGAGGGUGUCGUUUAGGAUGUUAAACCCUGUUCCUCAUUACUGGUCCGACGGAGAUUCGAUUAGGUGCCCGAGGGAGUUAUAUGAUAAACCACUGGUAGAUGUAGUUUGGGGAGUCGUUUCAAAGUUUGUAGAUUAUGACAAGUACGUCUCAGGCAAAAGGAUACACGAGGAUGAGGGUGAAAGGAAGUUGGUGGAUUCAUUCAAUAAAUUGAAGCAAAACAUCGUUCAUGCCCUUAAUAAUCCACCCAAAAACGCUCUUGAUAACGUAAACUCAAUGAGCGAUGACAGGGUUCGGGAGGUUCUUGGAUCCGAUUCCGAGCUUUUUAAGCUCAUUUUCAAGUGCCAAACGAUGACUGAAGUGGUCAAUUUAACCAAAAAGAGGCUAAAUGAGGGAGAGGAACAACUUUCUACCUCGAUAAGAAAUAUUAAAAAAACUGAAAACAUUCUGUCAGAUUUGGAGGAAAAUAUUAACUACAUCAAGAAAAUAUCAACUGGAACCAUUUUUAACUUCUCUCUGGACUCAAAGAAAACUGUAGCCAAGGUAUUAAAAACCGAAAUUGAGGACCUCAGUAAAAGGAUUAAAGUUGUGAAGGAAACAGUUCACUCUGGCAAAAAACGAUAUAAAGAAGUUAAAGAUGAUAUUUUUAAUCUGUUUAAGAGGAGAAAUCUACUCAAAGCCCUUUAUUUAUCUUUGGAAAAUGAUACAGACUAA